GGAAGUGAGUGUCGUGUCCGGGAAGGGGAGGGACUCCCGACGACAAGUCUGGGGCGCUGCUGUGCUACUUACAAGGCUGCACCAGUGCAACCGUUUUUAAUCCUAAAUAGACGAUUCAGUGCACGUUAUUUAUUGCUUAAGUAACGGAUCACCGCGCUACAAACUGUGGUGGCUCUUAUUUCGUUGUUUUCGAGCGCGUUUGGCCCGGUCCGGCCUGGCCUGCACGGUCAUGUGCACAACAGAAGCCUAUAGCGCAGGCUAACGGCAGUCGGGUUUAUUACUGCCACAAAUGCACGUCAAGUUGCCCGUGAACUUUGUCACAUUUCUACGCCAUGUCCAGCGCGGUGUUUGUGAGAAACAGUAGGAGGGCGUUUUCGGUAAUCGGCGGGGGGCGCAGAGGCACCGACGCACUUUCUGGAGUUCAUCCGGUUGCGCGGCGCUCCAUCAUAGAUCUUUCCUACUCAGCGCACUUCAUGGAUUUUAAAGGAUCCUCCAUACCGAGCUCUAUGAAAAAGCUGGUCGUAACGAAGCUCAGUCCAAAUUUCAGAGAGGCCGUUUCAUUGCAAACCGUUCCGGUCCCGACGCCCGGCGACGGGGACUUGCUUGUCAGAAAUCGUUUUGUGGGGAUCAACGCCUCUGAUAUUAAUUACUCGGCAGGCCGCUACGACCCCUCGGUGAAGCCCCCGUUCGAUGCUGGUUUCGAGGGCAUCGGUGAGGUGGUCGGCCUUGGCCUUAGUGCCAGCUCCCAUUACACCAUCGGGGACACGGUGGCCUACUUCGGCAGCGGCGCAUUUGCAGAGUACACGGUGGUGCCAACCAAGGAAAGUGUGCCUGUCCCCUCGGUGAAGCCAGAGUUCCUCACCCUGCUGGUCAGCGGUGCCACGGCCUACAUCGCCCUGAAACGUCUGGGCGACCUGGCCAAAGGCGAGACCGUCCUGGUCACGGCGGCUGCCGGCGGCACGGGGCAGUUCGCCGUGCAGUUUGCCAAACAGGCCGGGUGCCACGUGGUCGGGACAUGUUCGUCCAACGAGAAAGCUGGCUUCCUCAAGACCGUCGGCUGCGACCGACCCAUCAACUACACCUCCGAGGACCUGGGCAGGACCCUGCGGAAAGAGUACCCACGUGGCAUAGAUGUGGUGUACGAAUCCGUGGGUGGCAGCGUCUUCGAGCUGGCGGUCAAUUCUUUGGCCACUAAAGGCCGGCUGAUCGUGAUUGGCUUCAUCUCAGGGUACCAGAGUGCAUCGGGGAUCCCGUCCAUCAAAGGGGGGACGCUGCCGGUCAAGCUGCUCCAGAAGUCGGCCAGCGUCCGGGGUUUCUUCCUGCCCCACUUCCCCAGUGACUACAGGGAGGCUCUGGGUAGCAUGAUGCAGAUGUUUGCCAAGGGGAAGCUGGUGUGUGAGGUGGACUGUGGGGAGCUGUCGCAGGAGGGGCGGUUCACAGGCCUGGAAUCAGUCUUCCGGGCUGUGGACUACAUGUACGCCGGGAAGAACCUGGGCAAGGUUGUGGUGGAAGUGGCACCCCCCUCUGUCAGUAACAGCAAGCUGUGAUGCACCAAAGAAAUCAUCUGUCACUUGAACUCCACUGUUAGAUUGUAAAUUUAAAAAACAAAUUAAUUUUGAGGAUGUUAGAGCUUGAGAAUUAUUUUUAAUUUAUAAUGGGGAUUUUUGUUCUUUAUUUUUGUAAGAUGACUGAUUUAACACUAAGAAAGCAAAGCAACAAUCAUUUCAUGAAUAAAUGCAGGUGCUUAGCAAAUUGAUCCUCUUGGGGUUUUAUGGCUUUGCAGGUUAUCAGCUGUUAAAACUGUUGAUUAUUUAAGCUGAAGGUUCAAGAGCUGAUAAUUUGCCACAGUGAAUUAAACAGAAAAAAAAAAAUCAUAAAAUCAGCAGUCACUGUGUAUUUAUGUUGAUGCCACUUACAUUCAGAUUCCAUUUACUCCUGUGUUUUCAUGAAACUGAAACUGAGAAGUAUACCAGCAGCAUUUGUUAAUCUUAGGGGCUUCAGUUUUGGUGUGAGUCCAGUUUUGAAAUUAUUUUACACUCGACGCAAUAAUGCGCUCGCUUUUAACACUCUCCAGCACUUUGUCUACCAUAAAUAUUUUACGAUACGAUUUCAUUGUUUUUCUAAUAGGGCUUAACAUCGGUCUUUGCCUGUCAAAAGUGAGUGCUGCUCCAGGUGUGCUUGGUAUUUCAUUGCCUGUUUGUGGCUGACAGAAAAUGCAUUCACAUAAUCAAUCUUUUCCAUUCACAUGCCCCUAAGCUGCACAUAAUAAAAAAAAUUAGUCCGGGUAACCACAGCCUAGAC